GAUGACCUCAGCACGUCGGCUCGAGGUAAACAACGCCGGAUGGGACGGCCAUAGCUAGCAGCAGCUGCUACUUUAUGUCAACGACAUAGAAUGGACAGAAAAGCACAAGAUCUACUGGAUUCAUGGCAGUGAUCCUGUCGAACAUUUGUGUUCUUGCACUUUAUCCUUAGAUCGUGAUCGUCAUCUUCAGCCAUGUCGUCGCGUGUGUUGAUGCGGCAGCAGCUGAUGCGAGAGCAAGCUCAGGAGCAGGAGAGACGAGAGGCCCAGCAACAAGCCUCUGCCUCUCAGCUGCGGCCCACUGACUCCACUCCUGCCAUCUCCGUCUCACUGCCUCCAAAUGCCGCCCGCCCGCCUCCCGCACAGGUUCCCGUGGCGGUGCUGAAAGUGCAGAGCCACCUGGAGAACCCCACCAAGUAUCACAUCCAGCAGGCUCAGAGGCAACAGGUGAAGCAGUACCUCUCCACCACUCUGAGUAACAACGCCAUUACUCAGACGCUCGGUGUAUCGCCUGUGCCACAGUGCAGUUCGGCCCCCGAGGUGGCUCACACCGCCAGCAGCGCCCCCAACAGCCCGAUGGCGCUCCUUAACAUCAGUUCCAACAAGGAGGAAAUCGAAGAUGUUAUCGACGAUAUAAUUAGUCUUGAAUCCAGUUUUAAUGACGACAUCAUUACGCUGAUUGACUCGGGUCUUCAGUUACCAAGUACGCUCCCAGGAAAUCUUCUGGAUGUGUACCACAGCCCUGGAAUGGCAGCGCCCACCCUUACUGUCAGCAACUCCUGUCCUGCGGAUCUUCCAAAUAUCAAAAGGGAAAUUGCCGAAGUUGAUACCAAAGCUUUUAUGAAGGAGAGGCAAAAGAAAGACAACCACAACCUUAUCGAGAGGAGGCGGAGAUUUAAUAUAAACGACCGUAUCAAGGAGCUUGGUACUCUCGUACCAAAGUCGAGUGACCCUGAGAUGCGCUGGAACAAAGGCACCAUUCUGAAGGCCUCUGUGGAUUACAUCCGCAAGUUGCAGAAGGAGCAACAGCGUGCCAAGGAUGUCGAGCUGCGGCAGAAGAAAUUGGAACAAGCCAACCACAGUUUAAUGUUGCGCAUCCAGGAGCUGGAACUACAAGCACGUGUCCACGGCCUUUCUUCCAACACCGCCAGCAUCUCGCCCGGCCUGGGCUCCGGUCCCGGCCUGCUGCAGCAGCACCAGCAAAGGCUUGCCAAUGGCCAGUCCCUCCAUCCCGGCGCAGACGCAACGUCCGGGCUCACCCUUCUCAAUCUGGGCGCGGCAGCCGUCGGACAGCCCCUGCCCACCGCCUUCCUCUCCCCGCCUUCCUCAGACAGUCCGGCCGGCGUGACCAUCAGCAGCCCUUUAGACUUGGGCAGUUUGAGCUUUGCCGAGUUGGAGGACACCUCCGCCUCGGCGCUUUACCCAGACGUGGGCUUGGGGGACAUUCUUAUGGACGACGGGUGCACCCUGUCUCCGGAGGCGGCGGCCGAGCCCCUCUUCUCACCUUUGUCACCGGGCGCCUCGAAAAGCAGCAGCCGCAGGAGCAGCCUUGAGAUGGACGAAGACUUGUGAUGCGCACCGAGAGACGCAAUCGCGACCGCAAAGACUCAAUGUCUAUUACGUUUGGUGAGUUUGCCAGUAGGACUGUUGAGCAGAAACGUUUUCAUGUAAAUACUCAGAUCGAAAUGUUAGUGAGACUAACUAAAACUCCACCCCACCCCUCCCUUGUCCUGGUUAUUGAUCCUAUUUGGAGCUGGUUGAGUGCUUAUAUCUGGGUGUGUAAGUAGUAAGUACAAUAAUAUAGUAUUAAAACAGAAUAUUGUACGCUAUAGGGAUGCUUACAUGUAUGUUAACAUGCUUACAUGUUUUUUUUAAAGUUUAAGAGUAAUAUACAUUUUGCUUGGAUUUACAUACACAGGGAAGAUAUAUUGGCCUUAUUAAUGUGACAGUAUUGACGAAAGCAAAUAGAUGCAGAAAUAUAGGUUUUAUUUUUGGACAGGAAUCAGGGUUUUCACACGUGUCCUCGUUGGGCUGUCGAGAGGGUCGAACAAAAGGGAUAUGCGUAAAGUGAAUUGGCACAUGGUGAAAUAUUUUUCCUCCUCACGGUGUAUAUAAGAAUAUUUUAUUCUCCACCUAUUUUUGCACCUUAUGUUUUUGCAGUCUGUACACUCAGUGAUCAGUUUUACUACUGUAACACACGUGGGUGCGUGUUGUUUUUAAGAGCUGCUGCUGCUGCUGCUAGUUAGCCAAAGCAGGACUUCUUAAAGUGUAGCUGCAGUGGAAAAUACAAAUCACUGUUCUAUUUUUCAAUAUUUUCAGCAUCACAAAAAAACCCCAUCCGAUCUAUUUGUCUAUUUUACAGUAGUACUGUAGUGCAUCAAUAUUUUUGAUACCUGAACAGUUGAGUGAGGUGUAGUUUGUUUUUUGUGACUAAUUUGUGUUUGUGAUUGUUCAUCUCCAUUAACUUUGGUGAUCACUGGCUGAUUUUACCAGAUAGUUUGAUUUUUUUCCUUUUUUUUUUUCCAGUUAUUCCUUUUGGAGAUGUCAAAUGAUUUAUAAAUUUGUUGUGUUCCAAGUCAAUUUUUCUUUUAAACAAACCACUAUUUUUGCAGUUAUACUAUGAAAUACCGAUAAACUUCAAAAAGGCAUUUAUUUCAUCUGAUGCAUCAUGCAACUUGAAUGAAUGUGUACUUGCCUAUGCAUGUUUUUCUAACACCCAUGUACUGUAUUUGACAAUUUGUUUCAGAGUAUAUUUUUAAAAGUUGUAUGCUUGGACUAGCAGCUCAAUUAGUUUUGCAGGCACAUUGACUAAUGUGAUUGGUUGUCCUCUCCUACUACCCGCAAGCACUCCAAGGCACAUUUGUUUCUUCUUUUAGCUCAAAUUAGCUAGUUUAGUGCCCCUGAUUGUCCAAUUCUAAAAUCAAGCACCAAAUAAUAGACCCUGUUUUCCAAAACCUGAAGUGCAUCCAACCUGUCACAAAUAUACAAACAACAUUGUGUGUCACUUGUCAAAUGCGCUUUUUUUUUUUUUUGGGUCAUGGUCAAUGGAGUGUCUUUCAGCACCUUUUAACAAAUAAACUAUUCUUUCAGGUG